AUGAGCGCGGCGGCGCCGGCCGAGGUGGAGGAGCCGGUGGCGCGGCGCUACGAGAUCAAGCGGCGGCUGGGCAAGGGGAGAAAGAAAAAAAACGCCUGCAUAACUGUAGCCCUGAUCCCCAGCUCAGAAGGAUGGGAGCCUAGGCCAGGGCUGGUUUGGUCUUAUGUCUUGCAGGAAUUUGGAGGGCAUCCAAACAUCAUCCAGCUCCUGAACGUCAUCCGGGCUCAGAAUGACAAGGACAUUUAUCUGGUUUUCGAAUCCAUGGAGACAGACUUGCAUGCAGUGAUCAAGAAGGGAAAUUUACUGAAAGACAUUCAUAAGUGCUACAUCCUGUACCAGCUCUUGAAAGCCACCAAAUAUAUCCACUCAGGAAAUGUUAUUCACAGGGACCAAAAGCCUUCCAACGUCUUGCUGGACAGAGACUGCUUUGUGAAGUUGUGCGACUUUGGACUGGCUCGUUCCCUGGGCCAAAUCGAAAAAGAUGAAGGCAACCCUGCACUUACGGAGUACGUUGCUACUCGCUGGUACCGAGCCCCUGAGAUCCUGCUUGCAUCAAAAUGUUACACCAAGGGGGUGGACAUGUGGAGCAUCGGCUGCAUCUUGGGGGAGAUGCUCCUGGGGAAGCCCCUGUUCCCAGGAACAUCGACCGUCAACCAGAUAGAGCAGAUCCUGCAUGUUAUUCCUCCCCCCAGCGCAGGAGAUGUGGAGGCCUUCCGUUCUGACUACCGAGCCUCCGUUAUCAACCGUGUGAGCUGCCAGCCCCAGCUGACUCUGGAGGAGCUCUUGCCUGCCUCCACCCCUCCCCAGGCCCUGGACCUUCUGAAGCGGCUCUUGGUGUUCAACCCCGAGAAGCGGCUGACGGCAGAGGAGGCCCUGGAGCACCCUUAUGUGCAAAGGUUCCACUGUGCCGCCAAAGAGCCUGCUCUCGACCACAGGGUGGCCCUUCCUCUUGCUGACGACGUGCAGCUCUCGGUGGCCGAGUAUCGCAAUCGGGUUUAUGAGUUGAUCUUGGAAUGGAAGGCCAGCAGCCAAGCACAGAAGCAGCAGCCCCUCCAUCGAGAUCAUCUUUCGUCUGGUUCCUCGGAGGCCAGUUCCCCUGUCGGAGCCCACUGCCUGAUGCAGGGAAGGACACAGCCUCUUCCAUCCCAUGGGUCUCCUCCACCUCUUGCGGCAGCUUCCCAGCAGAGAGCAAAUGAGGCAAGAAACCCUUGCCCAAAGCCAAAGUUGAGCUCCACCGUCUGCAGUCCUACAGCUAAUGUAGCUGCCCAAAAUUUCCUGCCUGCUGGCAACGUGGUGACGGGUCCGCCUCCCUCAGGCCUUCGGCAGCAUCGGAGAGCAGCGGGCACAUCCGCUCCUUGGGACGUGCCGAAGGGGCCGGGGGCGGCAGGCCAGGCCACGUCCCCCUUCAAGCCUCUUUCCUUGCUCGGCCAGGCUCAGGAAGCAGCCCUCCACCAGCACCUGAUGAGGAAGGGGGCUGUUCCCAGCAGGGCUGCCGCUGGGCUGAACCCACAGAACCCCGAAUCCCAUGGGAGGGAAGAGGCUCAUUUCUUUCUGAAGCCCUGCAGGAAAAUGUUCCAGGUUACAGCAAACGUCGGAAUAGCUGGCGACCCCAAGGCCCACCUGGGCAGCUACUCCCAGUCCUAUGGGACCAUCUGCAAGUCUGCCCUUCAGAAUCUGCCUCUCUCAGGCGCUUCUCGCCCAGCGCUCGCCCCCAGCCCCCAGGAGCUCUGA